AUGGCCAGUUCGCUUGCGGCACUCAAAAGCCUGCCUUGCCCUGCAGGCGAGCAAUGUACCGCAUUCCAGUGUCUCUUCAAGCACCAACGGGACCAGGAUGAUACUACCACCUCCGCCAAAACCACAGAGCAGCCCUCCGCCAAAAUCCAUUCGCUGUCGCUGUCGCCUGCUGAUCAAGAUAUGCCGAGGAAGCGCAUCAAGGUCAGCUCGGCGGCCUCCUCCUCCUCUACGACUCCCCAGAUCCCAUCGGGUCAGUGGCAGCAGAGUAUUCCAAGCAACCCUAGAAGCAUGCCUCCGAAAAAACCUGCAGGCGAGAAGAAGCCAGUGUCUCCCCCUCCUCUGAGACGUCAAUUAUCGGCCAAGAAACCCGGCCAACCAGAGCUAAUGCCUUCCACGGCCCAGGAAUCAGUUAGCAUUCCGGCGUCGCCUUCCACCACCAAGCAAAUCCCCACGCCCAAACCCACCCCGAAGAAGACAGAGACCCUCAAUCCUCGCCUUCUAAAGAAGUCUCCUGCUGGACACGAGAUCCGCGUUCGCCUGGUCAAGGCACUCCAUGAACAGUAUGCUCGCCUCAACGCCGAACUCAAGAAAGUGGCUACGGACGAGGAGAAGAAGCUGGUGCUGUCUGAUCAGGAGGUCAUCACGAAGACACUAGAUGACGAGCAAGAUAUCGCCAUUAAGAAGCCGGUCAUCUACGGUAAUUCUAUCAAGAACAGAAUCAUGACAUACAAGCGUAUGUCUGUCGCACAGUGGAAGGAUGAGAGAGCAAAAGCCAUUGGUGAUUCUCAAGGCACAAAGCCGGAAUCGGCGGCGCCCGAGCCCAUCGUCACGGGCCUCACACCGGCUCAGGAGGUUGAUUUCCUACACAGAUUGGUCUGGCCUUUAGAAGGACUGGAAAGAUACGGCUACGUCUCCGCUCCACCCGCAGAAGAAGACAUCAAGGCCUCUCGGGAUGCUGUAAAGGCAUCAGGAAAUACGGAAGUAUGCGACCGAUGCACGAGAAGAUUUCAGGUGUUUCCAGGUCGCAGAGAGGAGGAUGGUGCCUUGGCGUCGAACGGAACCUGCACCCACCACCCGGGUAAGGUUUACUACAUGGACAGAGCACCUGGUGACAGAUCUAAACCUCAACGAAAAUACCGAUGUUGUCACCGGAGCUUGGAGGAUGAGUCCGGUGGCUGUACUACAUCACCAACUCAUGUCUUCAAGACGACAGAUCCAAAGAGACUUGCAGCAGUGCUGAACUUUGCCGAGACGCCGCCCAACCCCAAUGUUCCGGCAGACCGAGCAGUCUGCUUCGACUGCGAGAUGGGCUACACCGUCUGCGGCCUCGAGCUCAUCCGGAUCACCGUUGUAUCUUGGCCCGAUGGUGAAGAGCUUCUCGACGUCCUAGUCCAGCCCGUGGGUGAGACCUUGGACCUGAACACUCGAUACUCUGGUGUGACAGCCGAGAACAUGCUCACUGGCCAGCAAUUGAAGCAAGGCGACGACCAUAGACCAGUCAUUAUUCCCUCCUCCGACCCUGCCAAACCGCCGCAGCGAAUUCUCAAGAUCGCCCCCUCCCCAAAAGCAGCACGAGACCUCCUAUUCUCCCUGAUCAGCCCCACAACCCCUCUCAUCGGUCACGGUCUGGAGAACGACCUCAAUGCCGCACGCCUCAUCCACCCUACCUGCAUCGACACGGUGCUGCUGUACCCGCACAAACGCGGACUGCCGGUCCGGAACGGUCUCAAGAUGCUCAUGGAGACGAUGCUGGGCCGCAGGAUCCAGAUGGACGCUGCAGAAGGCACGCCGGAGGGCCACGACAGCGCGGAGGACGCGCGGGCGGCGGGCGAGCUGGUCCGGCUGAAGGUCCGGGACGACUGGAAGGCCAUGAGGCUGAAGGGGUGGUACAUCCUGGACGGCGAGAUGGUGGGUCCCAGGUCAGCAUGA